UUUUGUUGUUCAGCAUAGUAAUCCCCGCUGUUAGCAUCUUUUUCGAGAGCCUCCUAUCGGAUGUAGUUGGCAGACCAUUCAUCGUUUAGGGAUCACCGGCAGCGACCAUGAACUCGUACUAUUGUAACACGCUUCGCUUUAUAUCACAAUCCGUAACUCAUAGAGAAGGUCACUAACUAACUGUAACUCGUGAAAUUGGAAUAGGAAGUGAAGAAACACGUGAAAAGCACCGAAUUGUGUUGUAGAAGUUUUCGAGAGCUAAUGAAACUAAUGAAUUCAUUGAGAUACUUUUGCAAUGCAUCGAAAAGGAGAUCACUGGAAUAACGAGUUCACCAACGCUCGUUUCACGCGGUGUUUGUGUGCGUAGUUUUUGCUUCUCAGUGUGCCGCUUGUCGUCACCCCUUUCAAACAUGUGGAAAUCUCUUUUCAAAUUUUCAGAUGAGAGAGAUGCCAUACAGAAGAAAACUUUCACGAAAUGGCUCAACAAGCAUCUGAAGAAGCACUGGAGGUACCUAGAGACUUAUACAUGCUUACAUGUCUGCUAUUCCUGUCGAGCUUGUUGUACCCCUGGUGUUAAUCGACAUAUAGACGACUUAUUUGAAGAUCUUAGAGAUGGACAUAACUUAAUAUCUCUACUUGAAGUGCUCUCUGGUGAAUUAGUACCCAGAGAGAGAGGAAGAAUGCGAUUUCAUCAACUACAAAAUGUACAAAUAGCAUUAGACUUCCUUAAAAACCGAAAUAUCAAAUUGGUGAACAUCCGCCCAGAAGACAUUGUUGAUGGAAACCCCAAAUUAACAUUAGGUCUGAUAUGGACAAUCAUUCUUCAUUUCCAGAUAUCAGAUAUCAUUACUGGAUUAUCUGAUGAAACAGUUAGCGCCCGUGAAGCUCUUUUAAAAUGGGCACAACGAACAACAGAACGUUACCCUGGGGUUCGAAUUACCGAUUUCACAAAUUCUUGGAAGGAUGGAUUAGCUUUUAAUGCUAUACUACAUAGAAACAGGCCUGACCUUUUGGACUUCCGAUCCCUAAGGACGAGGAAUGCGAAGGAAAAUUUAGAAUUAGCGUUUUCAAUUGCUGAAAAAGAAUUUGGUAUUACAAAACUUCUGGAUCCUGAAGAUGUUGAUACUCCAGAACCUGAUGAAAAGUCACUCAUUACAUAUAUCUCAUCUAUCUAUGAUGUCUUCCCAGAGCCACCGCCUUAUCACCCUUUUGCUGAUGAUGAAAAGAAUAGAAAAAUUGAGGAAUAUAAAGAUUUAGCAAUAAAUCUGCAGCGAUGGAUGCUUGAAUUACUACAAGAAAUCAAAAAUCAAAAGAUGUGCAAUACUUUGAUCGAUCUAAAGAGUUUAUUGUUGGAAACAUCUAAAUUCCGUUCCGAUGAAUUACCAAAGAAAAAUAAAGACAAGCAAAGGUUAUCUCAUCUACAUCGAGAAAUACAGAAAAUGAGUCGAGAUACCGGCCGUGUGGAAUUUUUAAAAGAUUUACAACUAGAAGAGAUUGAAAAAAACUGGAAUCGUGUAACAGUAGCUUUGCAAGAAAGAGAUCAAAAAAUAAGGGAUGAAAUAUGCAGGUUAGAGAAGCUGCAGAAAAUAACAGAAAAGUUUAACAGAGAGUCGAAACUUUGUGAUGGAAAAUUAGAUGACAUUGAAAGGCGCAUUAAUGAUGAAGAAAAGCGCAUUCAGAGGCUUCAUAUAGUUGAUGCUAAAUAUAAUUGUGACCAGAUCGAAAGUGAGUUUAAACAUAUUGAUGACAUACUGAAAUCAUUAAAAAAGGACAUUACGAUUCUGGAGGAGAAAAAUUACCAUCAAAUUGCUGAAAUGAAAAUCAGGUUGGAAAAUAUCCGAGAGAGAAGUACUUGUAUAAAAAAACUCUUCCAAUGUACUUUAGUGUUCCCAUUAACUGAAAGAUCAGAAAAGAGUGGUGAUGAAAAGAAAGUAAAACAGCGUACUGCCUCAAAUGAUAAGGCAGAAUAUAAUAAAACUUUGUCUCUAAAAGAACAUUUUGAUUGGAUUGAACGCAAACAAAAACGUGUGGACCAAAUAGAUUUUGGGAAGGAUUAUCAAGCUAUAAAGGCAAAUCUUGACCAAAUUAAAAAUGAACAGAAAUCAGUAGAAUUAUAUAAAAAGAAAAUUGCUUCCUUGAAGACAACUAUAAAACGAAGCGAUGCUGAUAAUAGCAGUGAAGAAGCAGAGAAACUGGAAUCAAAAUUUCAGUCUCUUGAAUCUUUUGUAGCCCAGAAACUGCGAGAUUCAGAAAGCCUCUUAGAUUUCAUUCAAUCAGCUUCUAGAGAAUUAAAAUGGAUGAAAGAAAGAGAGGAAGCAGAAGUUUCUAGAGAUUGGAGUGCUAAAAAUUUGAAUCUUGUUGAAUUAGAACAUCACCAGGAGACACUGACUAAUGAUUUAGAAAAGAGAGAAAUUCAGUUUAAUGCAGUUCAAAGCCGGGGAGAAAGCCUUUUAUUGCAGAAACAUCCUGCUGCAAAAUGCAUUGAGGAGUAUCUUGCAAAUAUACAGAAUUUAUGGUCAUGGUUAUUACAGUUAACCCUAUGUUUAGAAAUCCAUUUAAGUUAUGCUCAGAUGUAUCAUCAAUAUUUUAAAGAAGCACAUGAGUGUGAACAGUGGCUGAAAAAAAAUGAGGACAAACUGAAUACCACUUUUAGUAGGAAUGUUUCUUCAAUAGAUGAAGGUGAACGAUACCUAAAGCAAAUGGAAGACUUAAGAGAUGAUCUCACUAGGUAUAAUGAUUUAAUAAAUGGUCUUGAACAACGCAGUCAUGAAAUAGUUCCUUUAAAAUCAAGGAAAAUCCAGUCUGGUAAAGCUUUGUCAGUCAUAGCCAUUUGCAAUUACAAGAACCCAAAUAUUGCUGUAUCCAAAGAUGAGAAAUGUACGGUCAAAGAUACAUCUCAUAAAGUCAUGUGGAAGAUUAUAACAUCAUCAGGAGUUGAGGGUAUAGUUCCUGGAGUAUGUUUCUUAAUACCCCCUCCUAACCCUGAAGCUAUUGAGCUGGGACAAAGCCUGAAGAAAAAAUAUGAUGAUGUAUUAAGUUUAUGGAAACUUAAACAAAGAAAACUUCGUCAGAAUCUGAUUCUUGCUACUAUGAAAGUUGUGAAGACAUGGGAUAUAUCGCAUUUUCGAAGCAUGGAUGUUGGUCAGAGGGAAUCCAUAAUGCGUGCUCUCAAUACAGAUGCUCAGAAGCUUAUUAGUGAAGGCUCAGAUUCUGAACCAGCACUUGUGAAAUUAAAGCAAGAAAUGGAACAGUGCAAUAACUUGUUCAAUACACUGCUAAAGAAAAUAAAUGAAGAAGAGACUGAAAAAUCACCUAAGACAUCUGGACGAAAAAUAUCAGAUACACUUCUUGGACUUCAAAAUGUAUUAAAUGAAAAGGAAAAAUUUAUGAAAAACAAAUUACAUGCUCCUAUAAUGUGGGAUUUGGAUACAUUAGAAAAUUUAGUUAUUCAACACAAAGAUUUUGAAAUUGGUUUGAGGGCAUUAGAAAGUCAAAUUUCUGAAGUUGCUCAAGCAUUCAAAAGCAUGAGCCGAAAGACUACAGCUUUGCAGAUGAAGUAUGAUACUCUUAUUCAAACAUGGGACCGCAUAUGGGAAUCAUCUAAUGCUUAUAUAGAGAAAUUAAAAGCAAUAGAAGUUGGACUUCAUAGACUGAAUGAAGCUAUACAGGCUGUAUCAAAUGUUGAAGUUCACCUGGCAUCUGGGGACAAUAUGCCAGCAGAGUUAGGAGAUUUACAGAAAGUGCACGAUUCCUUAUUACUAACUAAAUUCUAA